CAGCCCCACACAUGCAUGCACACACAGACUUCUGGAUUCAACAUCUCUCAGCACUGGCAUCUUCUCUCCCUGCAUGAGUCCCAUUUAUUUCUUAUUCUUUCAAGUCUAACCUCACACUAACCUCACACAAGAGGACAUGGGCAGAAUCUGGCACUGCAUUCUUUCCAAAUUUCCCUGAACUAAGGAACUUCGUGUCACCUGUGGGACAUAAUGCUUUGCUGCUUUUACUGCUUUCUGAAUGAAGAUGUUUUAUUUGGACAACAGUUUGGAGUAUCAGUUCUUUGGCGCUUCUGUCCUUUUCCCUAUGCUUUACUGACACGUUUUUGAGUCUGAACUUGGAAAAGAGAGAAUUGUUUGUACAAUGCUUUUAAAGAAGUGUCUUGGGUUUUUAACCUACACCUUUUGCCUGUGGAUAUUUGUGAUACUGACCUUUCCUGGAGGUUCCCAUCAAGGGCAGUACCAAAGAAAACUUUACAGAGAACUUUUACGGAAUUACAAUCGCCUCGAACGACCUGUGGUGAACGAUUCUCAGCCUUUGCUGGUAGAGCUGCAACUCACUCUGCUUCAGAUUAUUGAUGUGGAUGAAAAGAAUCAAGUUUUGAUUACAAAUGCAUGGUUACAGAUUACCUGGAAUGAUUUCUACUUAACCUGGGAUCAGGCUGAAUCUCCUGGAGUUCAAACUCUUCGCUUCCCAGCAGAUCAUAUAUGGGUUCCAGACAUACUGCUGUAUAACAGUGCAGAUGAACGAUUUGAUGCAACCUUCCACACCAAUGUUUUGGUGAACUCCACAGGUGCUUGCCAGUAUAUCCCACCAGGGAUCCUGAAGAGUACUUGUUACAUUGAUGUGCGAUGGUUUCCUUUUGAUGUACAAAAAUGCAAAUUAAAGUUUGGAUCUUGGACCCACAAUGGCUGGCUACUUGAUCUACAGAUGAUUGAAGCUGACAUUUCCAGCUACAUUCCCAAUGGAGAAUGGGAUCUAGUUGGUGUGCCAGGAAAAAGGAAUGAACUGUAUUAUGAAUGUUGCAAGGAGCCAUAUCCUGAUGUGACCUACACUGUCACAAUGCGCAGACGCACUCUGUACUAUGGUUUAAAUCUACUGAUACCUUGUGUCCUCAUUUCUGGACUGGCCCUGCUAGUUUUCCUCUUACCAGCUGAUUCUGGAGAAAAGAUCUCUCUGGGAAUUACUGUGCUGUUGUCCCUGACGGUAUUCAUGCUGCUAGUUGCUGAGAUAAUGCCUGCAACAUCUGAUUCUGUCCCUCUCAUAGCUCAGUAUUUUGCAAGCAUUAUGGUAAUCGUUGGCCUUUCUGUAGUAGUUACAGUACUAGUUCUGCAGUUUCAUCACCAUGAUCCUCAAGCAGGAAAAAUGCCCAGAAUGGUAAGGGUUAUCCUACUAAACUGGUGUGCAUGGUUUUUACGAAUGAGAAAACCCGGUGAGAACAAAAGGCCCAUACCUUGCAAAUACAUCUAUCCAAAUCACCAUUCAAGUAUCAGUAGUAUUGAAAUGAACAUAGCACCUGGACACCAGUCAACUAAUGGAAACCUAGUAUAUUGUGGAUACCAUACUCUGGAGAGUCCAUGCUGUCCACCCAACAGUGAUUCAGGGGUUGUAUGUGCCAGAGUGAAUUGUCCAUCCCUAGAAGACAGUGACCUGAUUCAGAAGAAGGAGAACAUGCCAGAAAUAGUGAAGAUCUUGGAGGAAGUGCAGUACAUUGCAAGGCGCUUCAGAGAACAAGACGCAGGAGAAGAAAUCUGCAGUGAGUGGAAGUUUGCAGCUGCUGUCAUAGACCGCCUGUGUCUUGUGGCAUUUUCACUUUUUGCCAUUAUCGCCACAUUUACAAUUUUGAUGUCGGCUCCGAACUUUGCAGAGGCAGUUACUAAGGACUUUACAUAAGUGCAAUAUGCUAUCUGCUGGAUAGAAAGAACAAAUUGUUUCAAAUAUUCUUGCUCAUUAUGUCUGCAAGUCAUGCGGACAAUUAAAAUGUGAUAAAAUAUAUGUCUUUGUGUUGGAAAUAAAUCAUAUCUGUAUAAUGAUAUAUUCAACAGACCACAUCCAAAGUUGCCUAAAUAUUGUCUGAUAUACUGUAGAAUACAUUUUUUCUUCAAUAUUAUUUGCCCAGAUUGACUGUAUUUUUUUACAUUUCCAUAUAUGGUUUGCAUACUCCAUAUUAUACUGUCAUAGGUCUGUGCUGUAAGGAAACAUUUGUUCUGGCAAAACUAAUAAAAUGGCAUCCCAGCUA